UCCAUAUAUAUUUUCUUGUUUUAACAUUAAUAUUUAAGGUUCUUGUCUUCUUGAAGGUAUUGUUACUUGUUAGUUUCUCCUUUUGUUGCCGGAGUUUUGAGGAGUGGCAGCCAUGGCCGGAGAUCAACUGAGAGUUCUGGACGCACUUGAUGUUGCCAGAACACAAUGGUACCAUUUCACUGCAAUUGUGAUUGCCGGAAUGGGGUUCUUCACCGACGCAUACGACCUUUUCUGCAUUUCUCUGGUCACCAAAUUGCUCGGCCGGAUUUACUACCACGUCGACGGCGCACCGAAACCCGGCAGUUUGCCGCCCAAGGUUUCCGCCGCCGUCAACGGCGUCGCCCUCUGCGGCACGCUGGCGGGGCAGCUGUUUUUCGGGUGGCUGGGGGAUAAAAUGGGGCGGAAGAAAGUUUACGGCUUGACGCUUAUGCUAAUGGUGAUUUGCUCCAUCGCUUCCGGGCUGUCGUUCGGGCAUAGCUCGAAAGGAGUUAUGGCGACUCUUUGCUUUUUCCGGUUCUGGCUGGGGUUCGGGAUCGGCGGCGACUACCCGCUGUCGGCGACGAUAAUGUCGGAGUACGCGAACAAGAAGACGAGGGGAGCGUUCAUCGCCGCCGUGUUCGCGAUGCAGGGGUUCGGGAUCCUCGCCGGCGGAGUGGUGGCGAUCGUCGUCUCGGCGGCGUUCAAGGCGGCGUUUCCGGCACCGACCUAUCAGGAAAACGGUUUAGCUUCCACCGUCCCGGAGGCCGAUUAUAUCUGGCGGAUAAUUCUCAUGUUUGGCGCGUUCCCCGCCGCGCUGACGUAUUACUGGCGGAUGAAGAUGCCGGAAACCGCCCGUUACACGGCCUUAGUGGCCAAGAACGCCAAACAGGCGGCUUCCGACAUGUCCAAAGUUCUGCAGGUGGAAAUCGUAGCAGAUGGAGAGAAAGCCGAGAAGAUUUCACAAGUAUCCGGCAACGAUUUCGGGUUAUUUUCCGGGGAAUUUCUCCGGCGUCACGGGCUCCAUUUACUGGGAACAACGAGCACGUGGUUCUUGCUAGACAUCGCUUUCUACAGCCAACAGCUUUUCCAGAAAGAUAUAUUCAGAGCAAUCGGAUGGAUUCCCAAUCCGGAGACGAUGAACGCCGUUGAAGAAGUUUUCAGGAUCGCCAGAGCCCAAACGCUGAUCGCCGUUUGCAGCACCGUGCCGGGGUACUGGUUCACGGUGGCGCUAAUCGACAAAACCGGACGAUUCGCCAUCCAACUAAUGGGAUUCUUCUUCAUGACAGUGUUCAUGUUCGCUCUAGCCAUUCCUUACGAUCACUGGACGCAUAAAGAGAACAGGAUAGGGUUCGUGAAAAUGUACUCCCUGACGUUCUUCUUCGCCAACUUCGGCCCGAACGCCACGACUUUCGUCGUCCCGGCGGAGAUUUUCCCGGCGAGGUUGCGGUCUACGUGCCACGGGAUGUCCGCGGCGGCGGGGAAGGCCGGGGCCAUCGUCGGAGCGUUCGGGUUCUUGUACGCUGCGCAGAACACGGAUCCGGCGAAGACGGACGCCGGAUACCCGCCGGGGAUCGGCGUACGGAACUCUCUCCUCGUUCUGGGCUGCAUUAACUUCUUGGGGAUGGUGUUUACGUUGCUGGUGCCGGAAUCCAAAGGGAAAUCGCUGGAAGAGAUGUCGAGGGAGAAUGAAGGAGAAGAAGGAAGUGUUGAAACAGAGAUGAGAACUCAGGGAGGCCAUGAAAUUCGAACCGUUCCGGUUUAACCUACCCGGAACCAUUUUUAGCAAAAGAGAACUAUUAAAUUUCUUUAGAUCAAUUGAUUAGUUAAGUUAUGCUUGGAAGAGUUGAUUCAAUUUAAUUUUGUAGUCAUGUUUU